AUGAAAUAACAGAAAUAAAUUUCAUGGCAUCGUACGAAUGUUCGAUGGAUAUUUCUUGCAUUAACAUGCUUAUUUUAAGUUGGAUGUUGCAUAUGCAUAGAUUUUCCUUCAGUAUUAGCUAGUUAGAUCUAAUCAACAUUUAAUGUUGGUCAAAAAGAUAUAAAUUAUCUCUUUUCUAUAUAUUCUAUGCCAAAUAUAGUAUUACCUUUCUUUGGAGGAAUAAUAAUAGAUAAAAUAGGAGUUAGAAGUGCAUUGUUAAUUUUUUGUUCGUUUUUGGUAAUUGGAUAAGGUUUUAUAAAUAUUUAUAUGAAAAGGAUUGUGUGUUAAAGGAGCUUAAGAUUAAGCUUUUAAUUUGUUAAAGCUGGGAAUGUUAUUUUUGGGAUUAGGAGGAGAGGUUUGUUUAAGUGUAGCUUAAAGUGCUUUAUUAACAAAAUGGUUUUUAGGUUAAGAAAUGUCUUUAGCAUUUGGGUAUAAGAAAUAUUUAUUUAGGGUUUAAAUAACAUUUAUUCGUGUUGGAUCAGUAAUAGGUGCAAAUUGGUUACCAAAAGUUUAUAUUUGGUAUGGAAAUAGUUUUACUGCUUGUAUGAUGUUUUGUUUUGCAUUUAUUUUGAUUACUAUGUUCACUAGUUUCAUACAAUGUUUACUUGAUAAAAGAAGUGAUGAAAGAGAUAGAGAAUAGAUGAGCUAAUAAGAAUUAUCAUAAUUAGAUUAGUAACCACCUGUAAAUUGUAGUGAUGUAAAAGAAUUCAAAUUAAAUUACUAUUUAUUAUCAAUUAGUUGUGUAUGUAGUUAUAGUGCAUUUCUUAUUUUAUAAUCUAAUGGAAUACGUAUGUUUAAAAUAAGGUUAUUAAUAAUAUUAAUUUUUAGAUAUCAUCUUACAUUAACUUAAUAAACAUUUCUGUAUAGUUUACCAUAUUUUAUUAGUGCAACUGUGACUCCAAUUAUUGGUUAUUUUAUUGAUAAAAUUGGUAAACGACCAAUAUUUUUAAUAGUUUCUGGUAUUUUGUUAUUAUUGUCUACAAUAAUUUAUUCAAAAGAUAUAGAUUGUUCAAUCUAAGAUGAAUGUUUUAGUUUAGUAUUUUUAGCAUAAAUUAUUAAUGGAAUCUUUUUUGCUUUAUACGCCCCUGUAAUUUGGCCAUGUAUUCCUCUUUGUGUAAAUGCCAAUUCAUAAGGUGCUGGAUUUGGUAUUAUAGGAUCAAUCUAAAAUGCUGGCUUAACUAUUUUCCCAUUAAUUGUAGGUAGAAUUCUAUUUGAUGAAAAUGCUAUAAGUUAUUAACAUAUGAUUUAUUUUCUUGGAUUUAUUACAAUACUAGCAAAUAUAAGCAACAUUAAUAUUUAUUUUUAUGAUAUAUAUCAUGAUAAUAAACUUAUGAGACCAACAACUAAAUUACCUGAGUAUGAAAUUGUUGCUGAAUAAGAAGAAUAAACUGAUACAACUCGAGUUGAUUGA